AAUUGCAAAGUAGCUAAAAAGUAGUUAGUAGUUGAAAAGUUGCUAAUUAGCUUAAAUGCUAAAGUUGUCUGAUGAGAUUCCAACUCACAACCUAUGGGUUGCUAGACUUUUGCGUUAUAUCCCAGACUAACCAUCCUACUUUUGUUUUUUUGCAUUAAGUAACCAUCUGUCUUAUUAUGUUAUGGAUGGGAUUGGGUCCAGUUCGGGACAAAAACAAAACAACACCUAAUCUAAACCAGAGUGGGUGUGCAAGCAGGUUUGGAGGAAAAAUAUUGGUGUUAACAGUGCAGGAGUAGAGGUCAAUUGAAGAAGUUUAUUUCCCCCCAGGUCUUUCUAUGGGACCAUUCGCUUCGUUCUACCUCACAAAGAAACACUAUCAUCAGUCUACACUCAGCCAAUCGGAGUCAAAUACAAAAUGGACAAGGCCAAUUAUUCAGUAAGGGAGGGGGGCUGACAGCAGCUAAAGGAAAACAAGGUUUACAGGAGACUCACCAACCGAUUGAAUAAGUGACAGUAGACCUAAUCAGCCAGUCGGAUGAAGAACAUUGAAAUGCACAUUAGCCAAUGAGAGUUACACUGAGACAAUAACUGGAUCGAAUUUAGACUAGCCAUUCACAAUAAUGCCAGAGUGUGGAAUAUGCCGGAACACUGGCAGUGCAUCCUGGGUAGAGGAUGAACCUGGCUUAAUUCAUUAAUCAAAUAUUGAGAGAUGGCGGAGAAAAGAGAGAACGUUGGGAGAGAGAGUCGCUGGGCUGUGCCAAGCUUUUAUCCUUGGGACAAAUGAGAAAUAGAAUGUCAACGUUAACUGCUUCUGAAUGAUGUUAUGUGUGUGAAUGAGUUGAACACUGGUGUAGUGCAGCAUGUUGAGCCUGGCCACUGCUACUGCUGUCUUUAAAGGAUGACCCACGUCACCUGCCCUCAAGGCGCUGUUAUUGUCUAGAUGCUGCAGCUGUAUCAACGGAGUGGACCAUUACAGCUCUGUGCUCGCCUGAGGUGAAGCAGGAUGCUUCAAUUUUAAGUCGUGUAAAGCUACACUCUUUUGGGAAGUCAUGAUUAGCUCAUCUGGCUUCACCCAAAAUAACAUCAUAAUGAACUAUCCUCUCUUACGAUGAUGUCUAAUUCCAUGUCAUACUCAUAGAUUUUCUCUCUGUGUUUUGUAAUAAUCGAUGCGGUCUCCUCUGUUCAAAUUAUGUCAUAAUUAUGUAUGUUCUCUCAGAGUGAUGUCAUAAUAGGCCUGGGUUGCCAUGACGUGCGUGUGGCCCCUUUGGCUGCUUUUGACUGGUUACUUAGGCAACCAGACUGCAGGUCAGCAAGACACUGGGCAUUUUUCCCGCUAUUUCUGUCUUUCUCUGUCCCUCUUUCUGCCCAUGCAAGAAAACACACACACACACACGCAUCAACGCACACAUACCGUGUUUGUAUGUUACUAUCCAAUGUCUCUAGUGUGUGUGUUGUGUGUUCCAGGUGUGUGGACGAGGCCAGAGGCUGACGUGUUCUUGGAUGCUGCUCUGAGGAUGGGAGUGCCCAGCGGGAACAUACUGCUGGAGACAGAGGCCACCAACACUGGAGAGAACAUCCGCUUCUCCUACAGGCUGCUUAAGGAGAAUAACAUCCCAGCCCACAGGGUGAUCCUGGUCCAGCGGCCCUUUACGGAACGCAGGGUUUUCGCUACCUUCCUGCGCCAGUGGCAUGACCAGGAGGAACACACGCAUGCCAUCGUCAUCUCCUCCCAGAUGGGAAUCUCUGCCUACCCCCACCCCACUGUGGGCACUGCCACAGACCUCAUCACGUGCAUGCUAGGUGUUCUAGAGAGGAUCCGUGACAACCCACAGAAAGGCUUCCAGGUGGAACAGGAGAUCCAGGACUCUCUCUCCAGGACAGGACUCUCUCUGCCUACCAAUGGCUCCUGCACGCUGGCUACAUUCCCAAGUGAAUGCACAACACACACGCCCAUGCAUGAACGCCUGCACACACUUCCACGCACUCACACUUGUCCCUACGUUUUGCUAUGUUGAUGCUGCUGAUAAGUCGGGAUGGUUGGGAAUUGAACAUUAAAUCACAGUGUUACGGAUACAAGUGUUACGGAUACAAGUAUCCUGUGUGUGUAUCCUGUGUGUGUUUCUUUUCUCUCCCCUCACAGGUGAACAUCAUCACUCCCCAAUCAGUCAACAAUCAAUCAUCAA